AUGGCUGCACAACAACAAGAACUAGAUGAGAAGAACCCAUUUUAUGAGUUAGUAGUCAUUUGUAGUACUUCUGGUCAAUUUGACCAAACCGUCAAUUCGUUCAAAGAUAUUAUAAAGAAGUCUAAGUUAGUAUGUAUAAAAGACUCUGAGUUGUUAGAUUGGAUAAAGAAGUACCAAAGAAGAGUUUUGAAGUAUAAUGCUAUAAAUGAGUAUAUAAAUUCUAAGUUUAAAGACCCAAAUGAGGAAAUGCAGAGAAUAUUAGAGAAGAAACACUUCAGAAACAAACAGAAAGAGAUAGAAUACAUUUCGAAGAAAUUGCAAUCUUACGAUUGGAAGACAUACCCUCAUAGAUGUCUUCUUAUCUUAGAUGACUUUGCUUCUCAUCCUUUGCUUAAGAAUAGAGAACAAAAUAUGUGUCGAAUUCUUAAGAAGCUCAGACACUUUAACAUCUCAGUUGUCAUUUGUGUACAGACAGCAAAGAGUUUAAGUAAGGAUGUAAAGAGAAUACUUACUGACAUUGUACUUUUCCCCGGAUUGUCCGAAGACGAUUUCAUGGAACUUAUGAAAGAGUCCAUGGCAGGUAAGUUUGACAGACAUGAACUAUGGGAGAAGUACAAAGUCAUACAAGACCCUCAUACUUCUUUCAGAAUUCAUAUCUACGCAAACAAAGUUUCAAAUUGUAAAAAGUCAAGCUUGA